AUGAAGAACAACGGCACCAUGAACUACUUUACCGAAUCGUCCGACGAGGAUGACGAGGAGACGGUCAUGAUCAAAAAGGUGCAGCAGGACAACAAACUGUGGGACUCAUUCCAGGAUCCACCGGUCCCGCAAACGUCCGGUUCCGCCGUCAGCCGGGAGUAUCUGAUCGUGUUCAUCAAAGGGCUGAAGGUGUUUACCUACAUCUUCGUGUUUCUGGUUAUUCUCGCCACUGCGUGUUUUGCGAAGAUGUCCUUUCUGCUCAUGGCGUCCAACAUCAAGGAUGGCACCAAGAACCGUUACUGCGACGUCCGGCAACCUGACAAGCAGUUCGAAGCGUACAUUCCUCGGGAACAGCGAGUGGCCUGGAUGUGGGCAAUAGUGUUUUCGUUUGCCGUUCCAGAAAUCGGUACCCUUAUCCGGGCGGCUCGCAUUUGUUUCUUCAAGAACAUUCCUCGUCCGACCUUAGGACAACUAACGGUGAUCGCCAUCAUGGAGAGCUUCCACGUCAUCGGACUAGCGAUGCUGGCUUUCCUCAUCUACCCGAACCUGGACGUCGUCAAGGCGGCUAUGCUGACCAACUGCGUCUGCCUCGUACCGGCCAUCUUGACACUAGUGUCUCGCUCGCCCAAAGAGUCCAAGCUCGCGUUCAAGUACGUCUUUGACCUGGUCGCAAUCAGCGCCCAGCUCACGGGUUACAUCGUGUGGCCGCUUCUCAGCAAUCAGUUCGAGCUGUGGUUCAUCCCCGGGGCCGUUUUCCUCGUUUCCUGCCACUGGUGGGAAAACUACCUCUCCCUGAAGAGCCUCUUUCGUCCCAUAGCGCUGUUGGCCACGGUGCGUGAGAAAUUAACAGAUUGCCGAUACCAGACCUAUCUCUGGAUCGCACCCUACAAAAUUGCCCUCUUCCUCGGAGUAUGCAUUUACUUCUCGAAUCAGUCCGUCUCCGAUUUCUUCGGGCUGUUUGAAGGUGGUUGGGGAAACCAUACCAUCACAGUGCGAGAGAUGGAAGCCGUGUUGAACGAAAAGUUUCCCGACCUUUCUUCCAUCACAACCGACCUCGAGGUUCUCAAGAUAUUCCCCACCAACAAUGCGAUAAUCUGGACGACCGUGACUCACAUCCUAUGCGCGUACCUGUGCUACAUCUUCAGCAAGUUUGCGUGCAAAAUUCAGAUCCAAAGCUUCUCGAUGGCGUUUCCGAUCAAUCUGGCCGUUCCGGUGACGGUCACUCUACUACUGGUUUUUUGUGGCCUGCGAGAAACGGACGUGUGUGCGUUCAAUGGGCUGCUUCCGGACUACAUUUUCUUUCGCAUGCCGCCGAUCUACUAUCUCUUCGAUUACGUGGUCAACGAGUUUUCAUGGUUGUGGCUUCUGUGGCUGCUGUCGCAAACGUGGAUCACGCGACACUUGUGGAUGGCGAAAAGCGAUCGAAAUGCAUCGACUGAGAAACUCUUCGUCACGCCCAUGUACAACAGCCUGCUGAUCGAUCAGAGCGUCGCCAUGAAUCGCCGUCGUGAGGAUCAAGAGGAUUUCGUCAAAAAAAUCGAUAUGGUGAAAGUGAAGGACACUGAGAAAGCGAACGAGAUCGACGCAAAAGCGCAUGAAGGAAAGGACGACAAGAUCAAGCCAUACGACCGCAUUCCUCAGAUCUUCAUUUGUGCGACUAUGUGGCACGAAAACAAGGAGGAACUGAUGGAGUUCCUCAAAUCGAUCCUGCGGCUAGAUGAAGACCAGUGCGCCCGGCGCAUGGCAAUGAAGCACAUCCAGGCCAACAAGGACGACAUCGAUCCGGACUACUACGAUCUUGAGACUCACAUAUUCUUCGACGAUGCGUUCGUGAACGACAAAUCGAAGUGUGAAAGUGCCGACGCCUCCCCGUUGAACGUUUACGUCAAGGCGCUCAUUAACCACAUCGAAGAAGCGGCCCUAGAGGUGUAUAAGACCAAAAUGCGCAUCUAUCCACCGACCAAAAUCGUCACACCAUACGGAGGUCGGCUGAUCUGGACGCUACCGGGGCGUACGAAGGUGAUUGCCCACCUGAAGGACAAGAACAAGAUCCGUCACAAAAAGCGCUGGUCGCAGGUGAUGUACAUGUACUACCUGCUUGGGUACCGGAUCAUGCAGCUUAACACGUCACCGGAGCGUAAGAUGGUGAUCGCCCAGAACACCUACCUGUUGGCUUUGGAUGGAGACAUUGAUUUCCAGCCAAACGCAGUUUCACUUCUAGUCGGUCGCAUGAAGGUGGAUCCCGACCUUGGGGCUGCCUGUGGCCGCAUUCACCCGGUCGGUACCGGGCCCAUGGUGUGGUAUCAGAUCUUCGAGUACGCUAUCGGUCAUUGGCUGCAGAAGGCCACUGAGCACGUGAUCGGGUGUGUGCUCUGUUCACCUGGAUGUUUCUCGCUCUUCCGUGGUCGAGCGCUAAUGGAGAACUCGGUCAUGAAGAAGUACACCACCAAGUCGGAUCAGGCUCGGCAUUACGUGCAGUACGAUCAGGGUGAAGAUCGGUGGUUGUGCACGUUGCUGUUGAAGCAGAAGUUCCGCGUAGAGUACUCUGCGGCUUCCGACGCCUACACACACGCUCCGGAGGGUUUUAACGAGUUCUACAACCAGCGUCGUCGAUGGGUUCCUUCCACGAUCGCUAACAUCUUCGAUCUGUUGGCCGAUGCAAAGCGAGUCGUGAAGACCAACAACAGCAUCUCGAUGCCGUAUAUCGUCUAUCAGUGUAUGCUCAUGUUCGGCACGAUCCUCGGUCCUGGGACAAUCUUCCUCAUGAUGGUGGGAGCGUUAGUGGCGGUGUUCCGCAUCGACAUCUGGACCUCGUUCCUCUGGAACGGAAUCCCUUUGGCCGGAUUCAUGGCCAUCUGUUACUGGAUGGAGCAGAAGUACCAGCUGAUCGCGGCCUUCUUCAUAUCGGCUGUCUACUCGCUCGUCAUGAUGGCCGUCCUUGUCGGUAUCGUGGUGCAGGUGAUGGAAGACGGCAUCCUAGCACCAUCGUCGAUGUUCUUCCUUGCCGUUGCGCUGCAAAUCGUCAUCACCGGGGUUCUGCAUCCGCAAGAAAUGGAGGCCUUGCCAGCGGGACUGGUCUACUACAUUACCAUUCCCUCGAUGUACAUGCUGCUCGUCAUCUACUCCGUGUUCAACAUGAACGACGUCUCGUGGGGCACGCGUGAAAACCCCGUCGAUGCGGCAAAAAAGGCUCCUCCACCCACGGCAGCCCCUCAGGGAAAAAUGCAAAAAAUCCUCGGCUACCUGCGUUCACCCGACAAAGAGGAAAACGGUUCCAUCGACAUCUCGAUCAACGGCCUGUUCCGGUGUUUGCUCUGCACGCACCCCAAGCAAAGCGCAGAGAAAGAACAGAUCGCACAAAUUGCGGCAUCCCUCGGCGAGAUUAGCGCGAAAAUGAAAGCCCUCGAAUUGAAAUUAACCGGCAACGUCAGCGUAAUGAGAUCAGACGACGAAGAUGAUGACAUCGGCAGUCUCGAUAUGCAUCGUCCGGAAGGGAGUCGCGGUCCGUCGUCACCGUCUUCACCCUCUGGGGUCGCGUCCCCUAUCCAGACGGUGAAAAACGACUCGCUCGAAGAGCCGGAGAAGCAGAUUAACUACCUUCCCGAUUGGCUGUACGAUGUGGACCUCAAAAAUGGCGACACUGAAACUAUCUCCGCCUCGGAGGAACUGUUCUGGAUCGAGCUGAUCGAGAAGUACCUCAAACCGCUCGAUCUGUCCGAAAAGCAGAAGGAAGAGAUGAAGUCACAGCUGAAGGGACUGCGAGACUUGGCCGUGUUUGCGUUCGUGAUGGCCAACGCUCUCUUUGUGCUGGUCAUCUUCCUGCUGCAGCUCAAGAAGCAGGAGCUGCACAUCGAGUGGUGGUUCAACGUCAAGAACAAGAUCAGCUUCGAUGAGAGUACCGUCGAGAUCAUGAUCCGUCGCGAAUAUCUCGAGCUAGAACCGAUCGGGUUGGUGUUUGUGCUGUUCUUUGGGUUGAUCCUGAUCAUCCAGUUCGUGGCCAUGCUGAUGCAUCGGUUUGGUACGAUCUCGCAGAUAUUAGCAUCGACCGAGCUGAACUGGUACUGCUCGAAGAAGGCGAAGGAUAUGUCGUUGGACGCGGAGUUACGUGAGAACGCCGUGGAGAUCGCAAGGCGUCUCCAGCGCCCGAAACCCCAAUGGGACGAGGAGGACUUGGGCGAUGAGCAGAAGGCCAUUGGUCGACGUGACACGAUCCAUCGCAUCCUCUACCAGCACAAGAACAAGCAGGACUGGAGCAAUCUAGAGGCGAACUUCAAGCGCAACUACUACAAGGAAGGUGAGCUGGAUCUCGGUCGGCGACUAACGCUCAGUCGCAAGACGCUGAACGUGCUUGAUACACGCCGCAAAUCGAUGGCCGAACAGCGCAAGAUCCGCAAGUCGAUCAUACGAGGUCAGCAUCCCUAUGACUCCGGUGGCGAUCCCUGGUACCCGGACGAGUCACCCAGUCAGCAGAGAUCUCCAGGGUCGCGAUCGUACAACAACCGCAACACCGGUCCAGAAGGUUCACCGGGAGAUAGAAGUAAUCGGAAGCGCAGCAGUGCCAAUGGUGGUGGUGGUGGUCGUCAGUCAUCUAACAAUGGACUAGGAGCUGGAGGUCGCACCAACUUCGCCUACCAAGUGGACGACGACUUCGACGACAACUUCUCGGACGAUGACAUCCGCGAGGGCAUGCAGUAUCGCCGACCAACGGUGGAACUGGAGAUGGCCGAGAGAGCGAGUCGACCUCCGAAGAAUCGAAAAAGCCGGGUCGCCUUCGCCUAA